AUGGCUUCUUGGGUCCGAACAAUCACUUCUCCUUUCAAAAAAGCUUGUACUUUCUUUAACCACAAUCAUCACCACCACAAGGAUAAGAAGUCCAAACAAGGUGGACAUGAACAUCGUAUAAUGGACUUACAAGGUGAAGUCAUGGCCUGUGCAUACGAGGACGUUAAGGUCAUGUGGUCUAUUUUGGAUAAGUCCAAGCCCAUAACAUGCACUUAUACUUCUUGA